AUGGUCGGAAAGGCAGGAAUCGAACCUGCACCUCAUGUGCAAGGACAAAAGAUUUAUAAUUUAAAUAUGAAAACUGACGAAGCAACGAUUCCCCGAGAGCACCAUAACGAAAAAAAUACUCCCGUUAGAACCCGUUUUGCUCCUAGUCCCACUGGUGAAUUACACAUUGGGGGAGCCCGCACGGCUCUUUUUAAUUAUUUGCUCGCUAAAAAAACGGGCGGACAAUUUGUUCUGCGGGUUGAAGAUACCGACCAGCAAAGAAAUCAAGCCGAGUUUAUUCAUCAACAAUACCAGGAUUUAGUUUGGUUAGGUUGUGAGCCCGACGAAUCACCUUUUAAAAUCGGCAGUUACGGUCCUUAUCAGCAAAGCCAAAGAUUAGCUAUUUACCAAAAAUAUUUGCAACAAUUAUUAGUUGUCAAAAAAGCUUAUCACUGCUUUUGUUCGGCAGCCGAGUUAGCCCAAGAAAAAUUUGAAUUUCAAAAGUCCGGACGUC